GCACUGUGGUUCAAGUUUCCUCCGAAUGAAAAAGGCGAAAACAAUUUGGCAAAAACGCGCAUUAUUUUGGCAACAACUGCCCAGCGGAUAAACAAAUAAUUGCGCAUAUGUGAUAGCAACAAUGCGAUCAAGAGUGCAAUCGCCUGACGAAGAAAAAAAAUAACGAACCAUACAGCUGAAGCAACAGUUAAGAUAUACGUGUGUGUGUGUUUGUGUAUGCAAUGGGCGGUGCGGGGCUGAUCCGUCAACAGCCCCACAGAUUGUAGAAUAAACUUUUACGUUUAGUCUAGUUUAAGCCAUAUCAGAAAGCGGCAGCUUCGUGCGUCACUGUCGCAAAGUCUGAGGGCACGUUUCUGACUGAAAAGAAACUGGAAAUUAUUCACUGACAAGCAUAUUUGAUGCUUGCUUAUACUAUGCCGAGAGCUCCGUGACAAAUCUAACUAUAGAAACCGAACGUCUUAAGUCACAGCCACGGCCACGUUGUAACUGAAUCGUUGAACGUUGUCGCCAAACAGCGAGCUACCUCUUGCAACAAUCGCACUCAGACAACCACAAUGCUGCCUCGGUUUCGUUCCUUUUACGGCAAAAUAAUCGUAUUUGUGCUGGUGGCCCUCUGCUUCAUUUUAUACAGCAAGGUAGUCAACCAAGUGGACGUGGAUCUAGUCAGUGGCAGACCAGUCGCCGCCGCCUUUAGACACCGCCCACAAGUUCCUGUCCCUCACCAGGAAGCGGACAUCGAUAACGAAAUUCUGCCAAUACCACCCGCCACAAAAUCACCAUACGAUCUGAGCAUUGAGCUCGAUCUAAAGAAACAGCAGCCUGGUCUCGGAGACAAUGGUGUGGCUGUAACGUUGACAGGCACCGCCAAGGCGCGGGGCGAUAAAAUCUACAAGAAAAUCGCCCUCAAUGAGGAGCUGAGCGAACAAUUGUCCUAUAAUCGCACAGUUGGCGACCAUCGGAAUCCCUUGUGCCUGAAACAGAAAUUCGACUCUAACACGUUGCCCAGUGCCAGUGUUGUGAUAAUUUUUUACAAUGAACCCUACUCCGUGCUAGUGCGGACAGUGCACAGCACCCUGAACACCUGCAAUGGAGGAGUGCUCCAGGAAAUCAUUCUAGUGGACGAUGGCAGCACGAAUCCCGAACUUGGCGGCAAGCUCGACUACUAUAUCAGGACUCGCCUGCCCAAGGGCAAGGUAACGGUGCUGCGACUGAAGAACCGAUUGGGUCUAAUACGUGCUCGUCUGGCCGGCGCACGCAUCGCCACCGGCGAUGUCCUCAUCUUUCUCGAUGCCCACUGCGAAGGUAAUAUCGGUUGGUGUGAGCCUCUCCUCCAUCGCAUCAAAGAGUCCCGAACGAGCGUCCUGGUGCCCAUUAUCGAUGUAAUCGAUGCCAGCGACUUUCAGUACAGCACCAAUGGCUACAAAUCCUUCCAAGUGGGCGGCUUUCAGUGGUCCGGACACUUCGAUUGGGUGAACGUACCUGAGCGCGAGAAGCAGCGACAAAAGCGGGAAUGUAAGGAAGAGCGUGAGAUAUGUCCCGCCUACAGUCCCACAAUGGCUGGAGGCCUGUUUGCCAUCGAUCGCCGCUAUUUCUGGGAAGUCGGCAGCUACGACGAACAGAUGGACGGAUGGGGCGGCGAAAAUUUGGAAAUGUCCUUUAGGAUUUGGCAAUGUGGCGGCACAAUUGAAACCAUACCUUGCUCGAGAGUCGGCCAUGUCUUUCGCGAUUUCCACCCAUACAAAUUCCCCAACGAUCGGGAUACCCACGGAAUAAAUACAGCACGGAUGGCCCUGGUCUGGAUGGACGAGUACAUAAAUAUAUUCUUCCUGAAUCGUCCCGAUUUGAAGUUUCAUGCGGACAUUGGUGACGUAACGCACCGAGUAAUGCUGCGAAAGAAACUACGCUGCAAAAGCUUUUCCUGGUACCUGGAGAACAUCUAUCCGGAAAAGUUUGUGCCAACAAAAAAUGUGAUUGCCUGGGGAAAAAUUAAAGCCGCACACGGGGUAUUGUGCUUUGACGAUCUACUGCAGAACAACGAGAAGCCCUACAAUCUGGGGCUGUAUGCUUGUGGCAAGUCGCUGCAAAAGUCUCAACUCUUCUCCCUUACCAAGAACUACGUCCUUCGCAACGAGCUCAGCUGUGCGACUGUCCAGCACAGCGACUCUCCACCCUUCAGGGUGGUAAUGGUACCCUGUUUGGAGAACGAAGAGUACAACGAGCAGUGGCGGUACAGCGACCAGCAGCUCAUACAUACAAGAACCGGGAUGUGUAUUGACAUACGAGGACAAAAGGGCAUGGACGACGUCCAAGUGGCGCCUUGUGACAGUAACAGUGAGACGCAGCGUUGGUUGAUCGAGCACGAUUGAAAAAGGAGAGAGCUGCCUAGAGACGUGACGGACCAAGGGAACUGAGAGAAUCUGACUAUGCGAAUCGAAACGCAGUGCAACGCUUUUAAUUUCAAUCUCGAAUUAGCGCAACAAAUUGUAAAUACAUAUAAACGAUUUUAGAUUUAUAUAUUUUCGAUAUAUAUAUAUAUAUGUAUGUAUAUAUGGAUAUAUAUGCCCGUGCAUAUUUUGUAAGUUGUAGUUAGUGAAAAUGAAGCAAAACUAUACGAAAUCAAGUCAUUUAGAAAGUGAAAACAUUACCUACAUAUGUUUAAAGACUAUAAUACGGAAUCUCCAUAAGACAUACGUAAAUGGAAGAAGGAACUUGGAUCAAUUGAUAUUGCUGUAUGUGUACGUUCUGAGUGUAAACUAAACUAUAAAUAUCGCUAUUAUUAUUAUUAUUUUUGCUAUGUGAUCAUAAAAUGAUAAACAUUUGUAACAAUUUCUGCAUUCCAAUGCGUUGUUACAGCCAACUUUUGUCUAAAAUAAAAUAAAUAUAUACAUAUGUA